GGGCGGGGGAGGGGAGGAGGAGGCGACCAGGUGGGCACAGCGAUACUCCGCAACUGCUGGAAACAAACUGUGUUUCCUUGUGUGGACGGAAGCCGAGCGGCUGCUGGUUUUUGGUGGGAGAUAUGGCGUUGACUCUGCUAAGCGAAGGGUCCGUGGCUGAAGAGGCGGCGGGACCGGCCGAGGAAGUGGAGGAUAAAGUAGCGGCGGCAGCCGCCACGCUGGAGACGCCUGGUUGCUCCGGGGCGGGUGCUCGUUACGAACAGGGGAGCCGCUCUGAGUCCAGCUGUGGAGGUAACGAAGAGAUGGAGGAUGAGGAAGAGGUGAUGGAGGAAGGGACUGCAGGAGGGGGAGCCGCAGCUCUCUUCGGAGGAUUUGGCACGGAGGAGGGCGAAACGGAUUGCGACGAGGAGGACGAGCGCAUGAUUAAUCUUUCUGAACUGGUACCAUAUAUCAUGUGUUCCAUCUGCAAGGGGUAUUUCAUAGAUGCCACAACCAUCACAGAAUGUCUUCACACAUUUUGUAAAAGCUGCAUAGUAAGACAUUUUUACUACAGUAACAGAUGUCCAAAAUGCAACAUUGUAGUACAUCAGACACAGCCGCUUUAUAAUAUCAGACUAGAUCGACAAUUACAAGACAUAGUAUAUAAAUUAGUUGUCAACUUGGAAGAAAGAGAAAAAAAGAGAAUGCAUGAUUUUUACAGAGAAAGAGGCUUAGAAAUACCCAAGCUUGCUGCACCCCAGCCAAUGCCUUUGGGGAGGGGGAGACCCCGCAAGGCUGUAGGAUCUGUAUUCCGUAUUCCUCCAGAACUUGACAUGUCACUUCUUCUGGAAUUUAUUGGGGCAAAUGAUCUCUCUGGGAAUUUUAAGCCACUGGAAAAGAAGUUUGUACGUGUUUCAGGAGAGGCAACAAUUGGACAUGUGGAAAAAUUCCUCAGAAGAAAGAUGGAUCUUGAUCCUGGCUGUCAGGUUGACAUAAUAUGUGGUGAUCACUUGCUGGAACAGUAUCAGACUCUAAGGGAAAUCCAAAAUGCUCUAGGGAAGAGUGCAGUGCAGGAUGGGUUACUUAUACUUCACUAUGGACUGAUUCUUAGUGGAGAUUCCACAUUUUCAAAAGUCUCUUAAAUUUUCAGAAGAUAUUUGAAAGAGAGAACAUGGGAGAACUGCAGCAAAAAAGAGAGCCAUUUUAUUUAAAUGAAUUUAAAGAAAUGCACUGUGUUUGCGCUGCAUAAUAAUUAAGGAAGUGAUUUAAAGCAUUUGAGAAAAACAAACAACUGUACCAGUAAGUAAGCUGUAAAUACUUCAGUGCUCUUGUAUCAUCAGCACCGAGCUCAGGGAAGAAGCAGCAUAUCAACGUAACAGAAUUCAUUCUAAAUAUGUAGGUCUUGCGGCAUUCAUGACUAAUCCAUGGGCAGUGUUGUACUUGAAACUACAAUUUAUCCAAAAGUCUUUAAGUAUAUUUGCAGUACUGUUCUCAGGGUUGAUCUCUUAAACCACAAUGUCUUAUUGGGAAAUACAUGCAUUAUUCAUAGGGGCAUUUGAAUUUUAUUUUAGUCGUUAGUUUAGAAAUAAAACGACUUUCAGAUUUUUCCCUAUAGAUAAAUUGGGCUAAUCACCCUUUACAAAAUUGCAAGCAUUUCUAUCUCAUGCCUUAUAUGAAAAAUAUUGAAAUACAUAAUAUACCAAAUAUUAGAACAGGAAAAGAAAUAAAUCUAUGUUGUGUAUAGAUCAUCACUGGUUGAAUAGCAAUGUAAAUGUAAAGGUAGAUGAGACAAUGAAUUUGGCUGCAUUGGAACAGGUGUUCCACUGUUGUUUGUACCUCCAAGGUCAGUGGGAAAAUAAAUGGACUAUAUGCUUUCCAAAUAUUUACAACAGUAAACUUGUUCCUCAGGUAGUAAAUGUGCACUUAAAUGAUAAAUAGAGAGCUGGAUGAAUAGUAGCAAUAACAACCAGAAUAAUGGUCUUAUUAAAAAUAUUAAUUUGAUUAGUUUACAGCUAAUAUAUUAAAAUGAAAAAAAUGAAAUACAUCAGAUAUCAGAAAAAAAGGCAUAGAAGCACUCAGCACAAGAAAGAUAUGGCAAGAUUAUUGAAAAGCAGUGAGAAAUUGUUAACAAUUAUUUUGACUGGGUUUGGCAUGGGAUUGUAUUUCCUCUGACUUUUUUAAAAAAAUUAUAAACUAAUUUUAGUUGCAACAACAUAAGCUUUCUGGAACAAAUGGGUGAAAUACAAAUAUUAAAUCUUUGCUUCCCCCAUACAACAACCCAAAUUCCUAAAGAGUGAAAUAUUACAGUGUUCGUUACUUUUUUUAAGUUGAUCAAGUAAAUAAAUUAGUUAAUGGUUACCUCAGUUUGUAAAAAUAUCAAUAUUGCAAAAUUUGUUAUAAGCAGACUAUUGAAAUUGGAAUUAAUGCAGAAUAAUAGGCUUUUCUGACAGAAAACAUAGCAUAACUUUUGUAGUGAGAAAUCUGUAUUGCCAAGUAGAAAUAUUUCUGGAGUGCCAACUAGGGAUGCUGCAUUACAUAUAUUUGAAUAUCUAAGUAGGCACAGUCAAUCUGCUACCAGACCUUAUUUUUACUUUGUUGCAAAGAUUGUUAUGGGCUCAUGAGAGGAUUGUCACAAAUGAAGCAUUAAGUUCAUGGAGAGAAGUAUGGAGUGCUUCCCCCCCCUUAAUAAUCAACAUAUUUCUUACCGAUACAUAAUGUACCCACAAAUGUUCAAGCUUUGGUUGAGCAGUAUAGUGGCCAAGUUCUGGUCAUUAUCAAAUUCAGUUUGAGUUUCUGCAUGUAUUAUUUAUAGAUCUGAAAUUUGUACAGAACAUGUUAAUUAUAAAAAUCAAGAGAAAAUGAACAGAAAAACUAAUGCAUUGCAUGGGUAUUUCAUUUAAAGAAAACAAGUGAGGCAUUUCAGAGGGAAGUGGUAUGGAAAAACAAUUGAGCACUUUUUUUUGUUGUAAAGCUAGAGUUAGCAAUAGCAAUAGCAAUUAGACUUAUAUACUGCUUCAUAGGGCUUUCAGCCCUCUCUAAGCAGUUUACAGAGUCAGCAUAUUGCCCCCAACAACAAUCCGGGUCCUCAUGACCAUGCACUUAGCUAUACCCAAUUAAGAAUAGCUUCAAGAAACAAGAGGCUUGCCUUUAUAUUGCAUAUGGUAAACUUUAAGAAUUCACUGUCUAAGAGGUACACCACUCGUAUAGAUGGGUUUCUGUUAGCCUUUUCUGUAUCUUCAGAAUCAGAGAGAGUAUGUUGCAGAGUAUUGCAAGAAAGCAAUCGUUCCAAAAUCUGCAUUUGGGCUUUAUUGAGACACCUUUCAUCCUUCAGGACUUUUUCUUUCUUUAUACUUGGAGCACUUUCAGUAAUCAGUCUAAACCAAAACGUUUUUCACAUUAUACAUUGAUUAUUGGGAUGGGAUGCAUAAAAACAAGAGCGAUCAAGUCUGUCUGCUGGUGCAGUUUUCAGAAUUUAUAUGUACCGUAUAUUGCAUAUAUUGCACAUCACACAGUAUUUUGGAAGGCUCUAUUAUUUCUCUCUUGAAGAGGAGUCUGCAUUCCAAACUGAUAUUUGAAUAAACUAUUCAAAUAUUGGAAAUGCACUACUUAUUUCAUUAAAAAAUGAAGCUCCACGGUGGAAUAUGAAUUUCCCCCCAAAUUCAUUAAUUCGAUUGCAAAGGAUAUAGAAGUUCAUUAUAUCUGUAAAUCAUAUGUGCAGUGUUAGAUGAGCUUAUUUGUAGUGUUCUCUUUUGUUUUUCCCCUUCAUCUAUAUAUUAUUCUGCAUGAAAAAAUACCUCCCCAAGUUAUCAUUCCAAAUUUUGCCUUAUCAGGUAAAUAUAAAAUAUUUUAUUACAUCUUGGUUAUUCAACAUUUGGAAUUUUAUCACAAUGUUGAAGCACAUUAUGAUGUUGAUAUAUAUUUUAUGUGCUAUUAUCACAAUUGUAACACAUGUAGGGGAUCAUGUUGAUACCAAUACAUUUCACAUUCAUUUUUCCCUCUAAUAAGUAUAAUCUUUAUUGUCUUUGUACUUAAAUACAAUGAAAUUGGUUUUAGCUUCACUGGUGCAAAAUUA